AUGGAAGUAGCUCCUAUUAAAGUUGAAGAUUCAAUGGAAGUAGUCCCUAUUAAAGUUAAAGACUCAAUGGAAGUAGUUCCUAUUAAAUUCUAUAUUCCAGAAUUCGUCAAAGAAAAAGAUAGUUCGAGCAUUUUCGUAAAAAGGAAAAUUUUUUUUACGCUAAAAAGAUGUAAUGAGACGAUUAUUGACUUUUCAAUUAGGGUUAAAACUGUCUGUACUCUUUGUAAUUUUAAACCGCCUUUUGAUGAACUUUUAAGAGAUAUAUUUAUCCUAGGAGUAGGCUUACCUGAGUUGGACAAAGAACUUCGGUCAAAGUAUAUCGAAGGCAAUAUUACGUUUGAAGAGACUGUGCGUUUAGCGAUCGCGCUGUCUUCGUUGGAAAAUGAAACCCAGACUGAAGUUAAUAAAAUAAUUAAAAAUAAGCCAACACAGGGUUCGAAAAAUAAUUAUUUUAGAAAUAAUAAUUAUACAAACGUCAAUAGAUUCAAUAAUAAUAAACACUUUAGUAACAAUUAUAUUCCUAAUAAUAAUUAUAGACAUAGUAUCAAACCUAACUCUAUUCAAAAGAAAGUGAUAUGCUUUCGUUGCGGUAAGGCAAACCACAUAGCGAAAGAUUGUAGAACCCAUGCCAUACAAAUGAUUCUGCCACGGACACCUCGCCUGUCAUUUUCAAAUAAAGCAACCAUCGAUGCGAAGAUAAAUGGGUUGCAGCUAGCUAUGGAGUUUGAUACCGGCGCCGCGUGUAGUGUGAUUGAUGAGGUCACCUGGAAUCGUAUUGGCAGACCACAACUAUCACCGGCUUAUAAAUUAGUGGGAUAUAAUCAUAUCCAAAUCGAAGUACUAGGUAAAUGUACCGUGGAAGUCAAAGUAUAA